AUGGGUAUGGGUCUUUCGGAACUCUCUCUAGACGAGGGCGAGACAGAGCUGGCCAUGAUGCGGGAUCCCGAUGACACGGGAGACGAUCUAUCUGGCGUCGAUGAUCCUGGAAUGGUGCGUCCGAGAGGAAGAAAGUCCAUCCCGCGCAAAGACGCCAAAGGCAACAAAGUCUUGAUUAUUCUUCACGCGAACGGGAUUCACGGUCUAGGCGUUGAGUUCUGCACUUGCGCAAAUCCUCGCCGGCUCGAUUUACAGCUCGUGGAGAAGGGGUUCUACCCUGCUAGUCGAGCCGACCCUUCCACUGCGUUCACUCUCGAAUGCCUCGACGCGUUGCUUGUGGAUACGCUUGAAGCAGAUACGCGCUGUCAGGCCUUCGCGCGUAAGCUUCAACGUUUUACGGAACCCGACGAUCCAGAGUCUUGUGUUGUACGUCUCAUGCUCUGCUAUGCAGCUCCACCAAAUAUGCACCCACUGAACACCUUCAGGAUCGCUAUCCGCAGCUCUUGCGUUGCCUCAGGGAGUACCGAGUAG